AUGGGUAUCGGUCUUGUGCCGGUGACGGUUCUCGUCGGCGAUGGACCACAAGGACCUGGCUCGAUGCAGCGUUGGAUCGCCGACGACGUUGAGAGCCCUCUGGGUGGACAUGUCUUAGUCGGUCCUGAUCCUGAUCUCGGUGGUACUGCCCACGUCUGGGCGGUCGAUAAUGGCUUGACCUUUCACACAGAUCCUAAGCUUCGAACGGUGCUGUGGGGAUGGGCUGGUCAGCCGUUGGAGCCUGUCGAGGAGAUGAUGCUCGACGAGGUCCUUACCAUUGCUGACACUGAUUUUGAGGAUCUCAUUACCCCAGAGGAGAUCGAUGCGGGCGGCCACCUGUGGGUGGUUGGAAAGGUGUGUACUGUGUCCGACGUUCUCGCGUCCCUGCUUAAUGCCCAGCUUGAUGUGGGUCUAGGAAAGCCGAUCCUGUGGCGUGAGGUCAUUGGGAAUCUAUUCGGGCUUGCCUCGGCUCUCGGCGGUGCCCGACGUCGACUAUGGGCUUGGCCAGUCGGCAUUAUCGGCAACGUCAUCCUUUUCACGGUGUUUCUCGGUGGGGUAUUUCACACUCCGCAGGACCUUAAUCUGUGGGGACAGGCUGGGCGUCAGAUCUUUUUCCUCGCGACAAGCGCCUAUGGCUGGGUGGUCUGGGCAGCGACCCGGCACAAUAAUGGCGCGUCCCAAGUGGCCGUCCACCCGCGCUGGGCCACUCGUAGAGAACGCAUUUUGGCGCUGACAGCUACUGUCAUCAUGCUUGUUGUUUUCACCUUCGCUCUCAAGGCAUUGGGGUCCUGGGGUCCGCUGUCGGAUUCGUGGAUUCUUACUGGAUCGAUCCUUGCGACCUGGGGGAUGGCGCGCGGCUGGAAUGAGUUCUGGUUUGUGUGGAUUGCGGUCGAUGUCGUUGGCGUCCCGCUACUGGCCACGGCUCAGUACUACCCGAGCGCUCUCAUCAACGGUCCGUCACGUGGGCGCAUCUGUGGCGGUGCUAGGACAAUCGGUAGCCUGGCAACUGUGAGCAAGACAUUCGAGGAACUUUUCGCCGAGCUGGCAAUAAAGUCACAGACCCGUCCUGCAGGUUCGGGAACCGUCGAGGAGCUUGACCGCGGAGUACAUGCCAUCGGUAAGAAAAUCGUGGAGGAAGCCUCCGAAGUGUGGAUGGCAGCCGAGCACGAGGGCAAUGAACGGUUGGCUGAGGAGAUCUGCCAGGAGAUUUAUCACCUGCAGGUCAUGAUGAUUAAGCAGGGCUUGUCGCUCGACGACGUCUAUAAGCAUCUGUGA